GAAAUAUACUGCGUACAAUGCAAAAGGAAUGUACUGUGCAAGUCUAUGUAGUUCAAUAUGGCGCGCCUUCGGUUCCCAGGGAGGCCUGGCCACAGAUAUGGACGAUCAUUAGUGCGAUACCUUCCAGAAAAAGACAGAAAUCAUCAGCAUGCAUUCUUUGCACGUACAGCAGCCAUCCAGAGAAAUCUCAAGUGGUUUUAUGAUCUGUUUGGCGACUCUGACGAGGAGGAUGAUUUCCAAGGCUUCACAGCUUCUGAGAUCGGUGAAUUACGGUCACCUAGACACAAGAAAUGGACAAAGAAGGAAGAAGAGUCGCCAAAGAUCAAGAACAUCAAAGGUUCUUGGCCCAUCAUGGGACGCAGAGCGGGAAAAGAGAGUCACUAUGCCAGAGGAGAUUCCUGCGCAGAGAUGAGGAGAGGAGAAUGGAACACGGCUAAACCGUACAAGAUAAAGAAGUCGAGAGUCGUGGGAGGGAGAAUACAGAAGCUCAAGAAUGGCUCUUUGGGCGGUAACCGUGAAAAGAGAUCUGUUGGUCGGCUGUCCUACAGAGAUAUGGUUAAAGGUUUGGAUGUUGUUCGACCGAAGCUUAUCCCGCCAAAGGAGCCCAGGCCACCCAGGUCUCCGAAAGCCACUUUUACAAAGGUUGGAGGGAAGGCCGAAGGGAAGAUCCGAUUGCCGUUUCUGAUGCCGAAGCAGAAGGCCAAAAGUGGACUUCAAGGGAAAGAAGCAAUGGUACCUUGGCGGGGUAAGACUAAGAUGGAGAAGGCCCAACUAUUACUGAAGAAAGCAAGAGAAAAGAAAUCUGAAACAUCUCCCGUCAAGUUUAAGCCUUGGGAGAAGAAGAAAUUAUUGAUGGCUCAAGCUCAAAAUGGAACAUUUGACAAGGGAGGGAAAGUCAUUUGUGUGCCGAAAUCCAAACAGGUCAAUUUGUCAAAAGCCAUGGAGCUUGUGAAAAAGGCGAAGGGCGCUUCGAAAAUGAAUCAGCAAGUAUUUGGGUCGGAUACACCUGGUAAGCGAUCGGUUAAGUGCUCCAGCAAGCUUGCAGAUAUGGACAUGAAAGGGGUUGACUUGCAUUUCCUUCAUCGGAAAGUUACCCCUCCAUCCAAAAAGGCAAAGCUCUCAAAGAAAAAAUUGAAGUUGGUCGAGGAGAAGACUCCAAAACCUCCAAAGCCAAGCUUAGGUUUCGUAAUGCCAGUUAUGAGCUCUCGUUCCUCCAGAGUAAUCAAGCCAACAAAAAGGUUUAUUGAGCAAGAGUUUGCUUCCAGUCUGUUUGUGUCACCAUCAUCAGGUCAAGACAGUGAUUGGUCCGAUGUUCCUUCAGAUUUAGAUGGUUCUUUCUUAACGCCACAGGCCUUUCCCACACCAGAGAUCCCCACUAUCAAGGUUAAGAAACCACCAAAGGCACGCAAGUUGGAUGAGAAUGAACUAUUCAUCAAAGACAUUGAGAAGAAGAAGAAGGAGAAGAAGAAGAAAUCCCAAAUUAAGGAGAAUAAAGAACAGUUACACUCUUUUCAAGAUGAAUUUUUGAAAUCCAUGAAUAUAUCGCCUAAGAAAAUUGAGCAUGAGAUGAAAUCUGAAAAUGAAAGUGAUGCAGAGAGCAAGAGCAGGCAGCGGAAGGAGGCAAACAGGAUGUUGAGUAUGAUCAGUGCAAAGGUCAAGAAUGGAAUAACCCUGACAGGCUCGCAGGAGAAAGUGUUGUUGAGCACUCCAGAACCAAAGUGGCAGCAUUUGAAAGCUGUUUACAAGAAGGUUGUCAAGAAGGAGGCAUUGGAUGAAGGCGAGACAAGAGCUCUGAGGAUAUCCCCUCUGGUGUUGUUUCAAUCCAUGAGGACAGGAGAAGAGCUUAUGCAUGUCCGAGGGAGGAUCGAUGGCCUGCCAAGUGUCAACGAGAUCCUCGAGAAAGUCAAGUCCGGGAUGGAAGUCACCGAAAAGGAGAAUGAGAAAUUACAGUGUUACAAGAGAAUAAGUAACGAACGACAGUUCAUCCAACGGUCAAAGCAAAGAGCUGAAAAGAGACUUCAGACAGAGAGCGAAGUUCAGUUAGUAAAUGAGGAUGGACCGGUUGACGUUAAUCCCGCUACUCCAUGUAGCACGAGUCCGAGAGGGGAUGCUAGCCCGAGGGUGAGUGCAGCAAGCUCCAGUCCCCGGACAAAGAAGAAGCCAGAGGUAAAGCAAGAGGCAAAGCAAGAGGCGAAGCAAGAGGUGAAGCAGGAGUUGACAGAGGAAGAAAAAGCAAAACAGUUAGAACUCAAAUGUGAGCGUCUCAUGAAAAAAUUCUUGUAUGAGAAAGAGGAGUAUAUUAAGAAUAUCCGAGAGCGUGCGAAGACUCCCGUUGAGAAGGGAAUGCCUUCUUUUAGGGCUCUAAAGAGGAGGCUGAAGCAAGGAUUGGAGCUAUCUGAUGCUGAUAAUGAAAGGAUGAAGUUAAAUAACAAGAUAGUGAACUCGAGAUGGAGAAUAGCUAAAUAUAAACGUAUGCUACAAAAGGCUUACCAAGAUGCUGGGAAAGAGGAAGACCUGGCCCUUCUUGAGGUUAAGGAACCUUCUGGUGUUGAAUUAGGGGGUGACAGUCUUAGUCUCUCCCCGAACUCGCGACGGUUGCUCACUAUGGGUUCUGCAUUGUACGACAGUCAACAGGAUGCGUUGAAGAAGAGGAAGAAGAAAAAGAAGAGAAAAACGUCUGUCGAGUUGCAGGUUGGGGGCGUUCCGCUCACAAGGGAGGAGCGGUUGAAGCUAAAAAAGAAAAAGAAAAAGAAGAAAUUAAAAGAAGGUGCAAGUGAAGAAGACAAGGCAGGAAUCGGCGUGGGAGAUUCGGGCAAGAAAGACCAGACAUUGCGGAAGAAGAACGCCUCUUCUAAGCUGCUCCUUAAGGCAAAGCAACGGAAGCAGAAAGGCAAGGGCAUGAAGCUGAAGAAGUCCGCUGCAAGGAAACUGAAGCUUGGAGAUGCUUCCAAGGACGAGAAGGAAAGCCCGUCCAAGCUGAAGAGCAUUCUCCAUGACAAGCUCAUCAGCCCUGCAGACAAAACUUUGCAGGAUACAGUGUCCCGUCAGAUGGCCGAUGCCCUUGAAGCCGAUAUGUCUCCAGAUCAGACGGAAGCUUCUAAUGUCAACAAACACCAGGUUGCCAAUGAAGUCAUAGUAGGCAGCGUUGCUAAGUCAGGCGGACCUCGCAUCAAGCAUGUAUGUAGGAGAGCAUCAGUCGCCUUGGGGUACUCACCUGCCCGAUUCGAAGGACCGUUGCCUGCCAGCCAAGACAGCCUCAAACUGAGCGCUCUCCCAAUCAAGGAGAGGAAAAAGCUGUUUACGAGUGAUGAUGAGAACAGUGAAACAGAAUCUGGUUCGGAAGGCGAGUACCCCAGCAAUGAAGCGUCUCCUCGACUAUCAGCGCGAAAACGGAAGCCGACAGCCAAGAAACGUGCCAUGGACGGAUUUAUCAAUGCGGACGAGGAACCCGCCUUCAUGGACAUGGAUGGCGCAGAUUUCACCGCCAAGAGAGAGCCGGGGAAAGUUUCGAAGCUGAAGAAGGUUUCUAAGCAGAAACAAGAGAUGGGUUUCAUGCCAAUGCCAAUUGUAGAGGAAGCAAACGUGAAAAGACGAUCAAGAUGUGGGGUGUGCUCGGCAUGCUUGCGGAAGACAGAUUGUGAGACGUGUUCUAACUGCCUUGACAAACCCAAGUAUGGUGGACCCGGUACCAAGAAGCAAGCAUGCAUACACCGUAAGUGUCACAAUCUGGUGAAGAUGAAGAUGAUGAGAAUGAAGCAGAUGAGAGCCUUGAGCAAAAUAACCAAUGCUCCUCCUCCCAAGCCAGUUGAGAAACCACAAAAGGCUCCAGCUGUCCCCAAAGUUAGACCAGCUGGAGCAAGGAUCAAGAGAGCUGGAGGAGAUCUACCCACUGGACUAGCCCUGGUCCCAAAGAACAAAAAAGGCCAAACAGGGGAUAAAGAUGAGAAGUCUGAUGCCAGCUCUAAGCCGCUCCGGACAGUCAAGUUUUCUAAGAAGAUUCCUGGCAAACAUUUCAUCAAGACAGACUUCAAGGAUGACUAUGAUAUGUCUGUGGCCUGGAAUCGUGGAAUGGUGAUCAUUUCUUCAGAUCCUAUGAUCCCGAGGACUAUAUGCUAUCUGUGUGGUAGUAAUGGUAAACAUGAUCUGGUGUAUUGCAAUGUGUGCUGUGAGCCUUUCCACGAGUUCUGCCUUGAAGAGGAUGAGCGCCCUCUGUCGGGCGAGAAGGAGAACUGGUGCUGUCGGAACUGUCGGUUCUGUCACGUGUGUGACCACCAGGACCAGCUGCUGACCUGUCAUAAAUGUCACUGCAGCUAUCAUGCCGAGUGCCUUGGACCUAACUACCCAACCAAGCCUUCAAAGAAACGGAAGAUCUGGGUUUGUUCUCGCUGUGUGAAGUGUAAGAGUUGUGGUGCUACCACUCCGGGUUCUGAUCCUAAAGCUCAGUGGAUGCAUGGUUUCUCACACUGUCAAGAAUGCGGGAAGCUCUUCGAGAAAGGUAACUACUGCCCUGUGUGUAAGAAGUGCUAUGAAGACGAUGACUUUGAGUCUAAGAUGAUGCAAUGUGCAGACUGCAAUAGAUGGGUCCAUGCUAAGUGUGAAAAUCUUUCUGAUGAUCAGUACCGCAUCCUUACCGAGUUGCCAGACUCGGUCCCGUACCGAUGCCCACCCUGCGCCAAACACAAACCAACACCAUGGAAGGUAGAGGUUGACGAGGAGCUCCAGGCUGGCUUCGUGAAUGUCCUCAACGCUCUCUACAACUGCAAGAGUGCCGGUCACCUUAUCUGGCCAAAUAGAAGGUUCAAGUACAUGAGGAAGAUCCAUCAAGGGGAUUCCCGUCUGUCGUCCACCGGUCCAGAAUCCAGAGACAGCGCAGCAUCACCGGCUCCAAGUGAAGCAUCAUCUUUGGAGAGAGAAACACCAACACCGGACAGGGGCUUAGAGGCAAGCGGAGACGGCGGAACAUCCUCAGCACAGGAUGAUGUCGAGGAGACGUACUCAUUUAGGAGAGGAAGGACAGUGAGGAGGGUACUGAGGAGGAGACGGCAGCAGAGACACGCCGGAAUUGCAGAAGGCGCAGGGAGAGGAGAUUCGGAAGGUGUUGAUAGGACGUUAAAAGAUGAAGAUGGGUUGAAAAGUGAAAGUGCUGAAGUUGAUCUUGUCAUGGAAGGAGGCUCUGAGGCAAGAUCAGAUGAACAAAUUCAUCCUGUCUUUGAUAGGGAUGCAGACAGAACUGAUGGUGUCGAGAAGGCACUCCCAUUGGUACAUGUUCUUGAUGCUGAUAAAUGUGAAUCCAAUGUUUCGAAAGAUGAUGCUUUAAGGACUAAGAAAGGAGAGCAGAUACCUGAUUAUGGUUCAUUGUCUCUCAGUACUAUAGCUAAAGGGAAUGUUGCGUCAUCCAUUGAAUCAGUAUCAAAACACAAAACUCAAGACAACGUCUCUCCUGACUGCAAUGUGCCAAAGGAUGAUGACAAUUCUGAAAGGACUACACAACCUAUGUCCUCAAGUUCCGAGGAUAUUCCUAUGACCAGUGAUGAUACCUUGAAAUCACCUGCUGUUGUGUCUACUUCAGCAGCAGUUGAAGAUGAUCAAACUGUUAGUGAAACCAAAGACAGAACUGAUGUGGUUUUGAGUGGUUCUCAAUGUGUUGAUGACUCCAGUGUGGCUGGCUCUCAUGGCACUGCUCACCAGGAUGGUUCAGGUGGAAUCCUUGGUGAAUCCAGGAUGGACAUCUCCAACCCGGCCAGUGAGGGUGAGACAUCGGCUGCAGAAGAAGUUGACAUUGACGUGGAGUGUAUGGAUGUCAAAGAGGAAAAGAUGGAUGUGGAUGAAGCUGAUGGUGGGGAUCAAAUAUCCUCUACUGAGGAAAGGACUGAAGAUUCCAUUACAGCUAUUACAGGAGAUGCCACAGGAAGCCUUGAAGAUACUGCAAAAGUGGCUUCUGAUGGUGAGUUGUCUCCGAAGCUGGAGAAGGAAGAUGCAGAUGCUACGUGUACCCUUGACUUGGAGAGAAAAGAUGGUGUUGUUUCUCCUGCAGCUGUUCCUGACAUUGACCCAGAUAUUCCAGAUGCAGUGAUGGAGGUGACGACAUCAACGCAAUCCGAGCAGGAGGUUUGUAAGACACCUGCUAAGGUACUCACCAUCGCAAUAGGGAAAAGAGAGGAAGAGGAAGAGAAGAAAGAUGAAGAAAUAAAGCCAACCAGUUUCCAGUUUGUCAAAGCUAAGAUGAUGGCAGGCUACUAUAAAUCAGUGGAGAAGUUCUGUAAGGACUGCGUGACAAUAUUCCAGGCUUCAUUCAACCAGGAGACGGACCUGAUCCCCGGGCUCUCAAAGUCCAACGUGAUCGCCAAGGGUGCGUUUCUCAAGAUCAUGACCCAGAUGUUCCCUUGGUUCAACGUUGAAGAGACGAGGAUCUGGAACGGCGAUGAGGGGUACAAAGAGAACGGUGUACACCAGGUGGCAGUGGAGCCCCCUCACAAGGACCAUGAAUACGCUCAAUGGAGAUAUAGAGCCUUGAUGCCGUCUAUCACCGCUCAGCCCUCGCCAUUCAAGAAACUUCCAACUCCAAGGAGGCGACAUUCCAUCAUCGGCGGUGAUGGAUGCUCAGAAGAUGAUUCUCAUAUUCCUGGUAUCGAGGACGUCUCUGAUCCUAGAAGAUGCUGUCUCUGUGGCGUGAUGGGUGAUGACGACCCUAACAACGCUGGACGAUUGCUAUACUGUGGUCAGGAUGAAUGGAUCCAUAUAAACUGUGCCUUAUGGUCUGCCGAGGUCUUUGAAGAGGUGGAUGGAUCCUUGAUCAACGUCCAUGCAGCCAUCUCAAGAGGGAGAAUGAUGAGAUGUGAAGUGUGCAAUAACUUGGGAGCGACGGUUGGAUGCUGCAGUAGGGGAUGUCCAGCAAACUUUCAUUUCAUGUGUGCCAGAUCCAGGAAUGCCAUGUUCCAGGAAGACAAGAAGGUCUAUUGCUUCCAACAUGCUGAUAAGAUUGAUAAAGCAAUCAUGGGUUCUGACUUGUUUGGUGUCCUGCGCCGAGUGUGCGUCAGCCUAGACAGCAUGAAACUCAACAGGACAUUCUCACAGGGGCUUGAAACCAAGAACAUCAAUGUGAUGAUUGGAUCCUGGUCAUUGGAGUCUCUAGGUCACCUGGGGUUCCUGUCAGACACUGAGAACAAUCUCUUCCCAUUGGAUUUUGCCUGUUCAAGAGUGUACUGGAGUACAAUGGAUCCAUGCAGGCGGUGUAUCUAUACCAUGCGCAUCAUUGAGGUGAAUCCAUUGACCUCCCCUACAACCCCUCAGGAGAUCAACCAUACCACAGAACACAGCCCAGGCAGUUAUCCCUUCAGCAGGAAGUCCACCUUACAGGAUGAGGAUGAUACAGACCUCCUCACGGAUGCUCUCAUGGAAGCCACAAAGGAGAGCAACGAAGCUGCAAUGGCUCUUGAUCAGGUUGCGGCACUUCUUGCAGGGUCUCAGACGGUCAGUGAGAUCCAGAAUGCAGCGGAUGCACUGGCCGCAACGUCUUCGCUGUUUGAGAUGGAUGAUGGUAUCCUAGAUUCCUUGAACCUUGAUGCGAAUCUGAAUUCUGGUCUAGACAGCGAUGGCAUCAUGGACAUGAUGGCUGAUCUUGGCAACCUUGAUGGUCUGAACUCUGAUGGAGACUUGGGCGAGUUAUCUGAGGCUGGAGAAAAGCUCCUGCCAACGGAUAAACCUGAGUUGCUUCCACCAGGAGAUUCUGCAAGUUUGGACAUGGUGGAUUUAGUUUCAGACACAGCUAAAGAUCUGCAAGGAGAAACCAGUACCCCUCCUGUAGAAGCACCUCAAACUGCCAAGUCAGAUAUGCCAUCUGGUUCUAAAGAAAUGCAUACUCCUGAAUUAAACAUGGACAUGGUUGAAAAAUCUGAAGAAGUAGGAGUGGAGGGAAGCAUUGACCACAGUGUAGAUAUCACUGAAACUUUGGCUGAUGUAAGAAACAAUGAUGAUAUUGAAAAGUCAAGUGAUCCAAGCAUUUCUGUUACUGUGGAUGAGCAUGCAGAGGUUAAAAGACCAGAUUCACCAUUAAUCAGCCCCCAAAAGGUGCCAUAUGUGAAGUUAGUAGACAUCAAGGACAAGCAGUUGGCCUCUAUUGUCACAUCAGAUUCUUCAGAAUUUUCUGAUACUUUAGAUGCUUCUCACACCUCUGUGCCAGUAGAUGACCAGACUGAGGUAAGAAGACCAGAAUCGCCUUUGAUUAGCCCAAAGAAGGUGCCCAUUUUGAAGUUAGUGAAACUUCCUUUGGAAGAACAUGAAAAGAACUAUACAGAGUCUGAAGACGGCUCUUCAGAAGCAACCUCAGAAAUCUCUAGGAGCACAACACCUUGUUCUAGCAGCAGGAACUCUUUCGAUAAUCCUCAAACUUCUGGUGUUUUGUCAGAAAGUGUACCCCAAGCACCUGAUCAACCGGGAAGUGAUCCUGGAACAAGCCAAAUUUUGGCACUUCCUUCACUCUCCAUCAGUCCAAGUGGUGAGGACUCAUCGUCAAGAGAUCAACCGUGGGAUGAAAGCCCUGAGGUCAUGGACUUAAAGGAAAAAUGUGAUAACUCAAAACUUUCCAGAGAAGGAAAUGUUCCUGGUCUUGCCAACUGUGAUUCAGAACAAAUUCCAGUCACCAAGGAUCUUGCAGAUGAAUCCAAUGAUGUUAGAACUGUCCAGAAUGAUGGACUUAUAGACCAAAUAGAUCAUUCUUCCCGUACAACUCCAGAGAGAAUGGAAGCUUGUUCCACUUCAAGUGUCGUACCUGAAGCAUCAUGUGAAGAACCUGUCAGGGAGGCAACCUCAGAAAUGACUGUUCGUGCCCAUCCGGAAAUUAGAGAAAGCACCCCUGUAAAUGAACAAACAAUUACAGAAACUGAUGUACUGGAGAGUGUCUGCCAAAAGAAAGAGCCUCUUAAGCUGUCUGAAGGAAAAUGUGAUGUUCCAGAAAACCCAGAAUUCCUUGUGCGACAACAACACAUGGACAUUGAAAUUACUCCUAAAGGUAACUUAACAGAUGAUGAAGCUGCGACUAACAUCCCCAGCUUGAGUAUCAACAAAGAGACUCUUGAAGAAGUCAAAACAAGUGAAGAUGGCAAUAAUAUACCUGACUGCUCCGCAAUCAUUCAUAUUGCCGAGCCAGAAGAACCAAGGGAUACUGACAAAGAUUGUAUAGAUGGAGCUCAGGACCAAGUAGAUGGGCAUGGGUUAAAGAUGGACCUUCCGUCUGUGCAGGCUGAUGUCGAUGGGUCUGAAGAGACGAAUGAGGCAGAAAUACCUUUAGGAGAUGCCAGUCAGUCAUCACUGCAAAGUUCUUCCAAAGAGCAGACAUUGGAAACAGGGUUGGUUGAUUAUUCAGAAGAAAAAUCUCCAACUGAACAGACAAAAUUGAUUGAGGAGACCUCCCUUCCGGUACAGCAACAGAAUAAUGAAGUUGAUAUAGUUUCAUUUGGUGACAAAAUAGCUAUAGGUGCAUUUAAUGAGGAGCAGUCCAUGUCUAACUUAGAUGAUACGGUAUGUCAACCAGUAGAUGGGGUGGAGCCGUCACAGAGUCCAGUCAGAGGAGAAGGUGAUUGUACUCGUGAUGAAGAAACAAAAGUGGCAAACAUUUCCCAAGAGCAAGGACAUUCUAUUGAUGUACUUAGGGAAGAUGACUUGCCACCACUUUCUUCAGGAGCAGAGAAUGAUGGUACUAGUGGCAAAGAUGAAAAGUUAGUAAAAAUGUCUGGAGAAGAACAAAUGCAACACAUAGAAAUGAAUUUUAUGGAUGAUUCUUCAGUAGCCCAUUGUGUGGGGAUAGCAGCUGCUGCUGAACCAAAUGCAGAAGAUAUGUCUGCUCCAUCUUCUGUAGAACUUGAUACUGAUGCCAUGGUAGUCGAUCUAGAUUCCUGCCACAGCACCGUCAGCAAACAAGGAGAUAGCCAUACUGAAAGUCCCGAAGGAAGACCUGUAUUAGAGGAUUUGCAAACUAAAUCUCCCAUACCAGCACAGUCUCAUGCAGAACCUGAUAGUGACCUCAUUGUAGGCACCUCCACUGGCGGCACCCUCGCUGAACCAGCAGAUAAACUUCCAGAAGAAGGAACAUUUGUACAAGAUCCCCUUCCUCUAUCUCCUAUUUCAUUUCAAUCUCCCGCAGCAGAUGACAAUGAUGACAUGGUAGUCACAUCCACUAGUAGCACCCUCAAUGAACGGGCAGAUAUCCGUACACAGUCUCCUGGAGAAAGUAGUUCCAUAUCUCCUGUAGAGCUGGAAACAGAUGCCGUGGAAGCCACCUCCAUAAGCAGCACAUGCAGUAAACAGGAUGACAGCCUUACCCAUUAUCCUGAAGAUAUUACUGUAGGAAUUAUUUCAUCUCAAUGUCCUAAACCAGCUCAAACUUUAACAGAACUGGAGACUGAUGUUGUCGUAGACACCUCCAGUAGCAGCACACUCACUAAACAGACAGAUGCCUUUACUCCUCAUUCAGAAGAAGAAACAUUUGUGCAAGAUUCCAAAACUCAGUCUCCUGCAGCAGUUGACACUGAUGCCAUGUCAGUCACUCCAACUAGCAGCACCAUCAGUAACAAUGCAAUAACAGCAAUCGAUUGUACAGUGGAAAGUGCCGCUGUCUCAGAUUCAACAACACAGCCUUCUACUAAACUUAGUGCUGAUGUUGUAUCAAUACCUUCCAACUCAACGAGCAGCGCAGAUGUUUUGAACCAUUCCAGUGGUAUCGAGGGGCAAGAUUCAUAUCCAGCAUGUUCACCAGGUCCUCAUCUGCCUGUCCAAGAUGAAUAUACAACCAAAGAAUCUCUACCAGACAGUUCUGACAUUUUGACAGGGUUUCCUGAUGAUGACAGUUUAUCAAACCCUGAAGAUGGUUGUCAUGAGGUACAAGAUUUAAGCAGUGAUGAGGAGGUUGAACCCAUCCCGAGAUUAGAAGAACCUGAUCCAAGACUUGGAGACUUGACAAGUUCUCAGUCACCAUCUCAUGCCUUACAGGAAGACACAACUGGACCUGAAGUUGAUACACCAACUGAUGUUUGCCAUGAACUUCCAAAGGACACAAUACAGGAUCAUUUACAAGAAGAGAAUGUGAGCGAUGUUAAAAAUGUAAUCUCUAAAGUGACAGAUCUUAGAGAGCCAUCAAGGGAACUUGAUUCUGGUUGCAUUCCGGAACAAUCUCCAACAUCCCUUGUAAAUGAGAAUAAUACAUGUUUGCAAAUGGCAUCAGCAGAACAAAAUGAGAAAGUAAUGGGAGAUGGGCAUACUCAUAUCAGUACUGGUCAUAUUACGGAAUUACCAUUAGAUGGUGAUAGUGAUGUUUCAGCUUCUGAUCCUGUCAAGCAUGUAGAAAGAAUAUUAGAAGACCUUACUGAACACAAGACAAAACAAAAGGAAACGGGUGAUUCAUCAGAGACAUCUGCAGCUGCCCGAUUGGUGCAAUCUGAAAAAGGAAUCAAUAUUGAUGACGAAGGGCAUUAUGAAAACCAAGAGCUCUCACUGAACCACCGCGUUGAAGGCAAAGCUGAAGUCCUUGAAGUCGGUCUCAAUUCUAAAAACUUGACAGAAGAAUUAAGAAUGCAGGGGGUAGGGGAAGAAGAUAUCAUGGGGAUAGUUGCAUCCCAGAGAUCACGAUCACAGAAUGUCUCAGAUGGUACCAAACCGGUGGUGGCUGGCAUUAGAACACCUCCAAGACGCCUAAGUUCAGACCCAGAACAUGAGUCUAUCUUCAAGGCACUUGCAUCAUCGUUAUCAAAUUCACUGGGAAAGAAAAACAACAAUAAUCGGAAGAGUCCUAGAACACAGGAAAGAGAACCUAUUCUGUCUGCAUUCGCUUCUGAUCUUAACUAUAGAUGUCACAGAGAUGCUAAAGAAAGUGAUCCUGUCAAGAUUGAGUCAAAGAAGACUGAAAAUAUUGUGUCUCCUACCACAUCAAGACAUCUCUUUAAGAAGUUUGACAGCCCUAAAUUCGCUAAUGCUUUCAAGUCUUUCAUGGAAACAAAGCAAAAAUCUCUGGGGAAGGUAGUAGAUGAUAUGUUAGAAGAUAAAGAUUUAAUUCCUGAAGAAAAGACCGAUGAGACUAAGAAAAGGAGAAGCAGCAGGCUCGCAGGCCUUGAUCUCUCCUCUGAAAGGUUUCACCAUGUGCUGCCAAAUGGAGACGACUCGCAUUUAGCAGGUUCUCUCAAAAACCCUGAUCAGAUGAAACGGAGGACACGUCACAGUUCUUCAGAUGUUGUGGAAAGUGACGAUUCAUCCUCAAAAUUAGAUGUUCUGGAUGUUGGUCACAGAGGCAGAAAAAAGUAUCCCAUGCGAACAACUUCUUCAAGAUUACUGAGAAUUGCUGACAGCGGGGAUACAGACAACCAGGUGUUCUCACAAGAAGAGAAUACUAUCCCUGAUCAAGAAUUUCUAGAAGGACAAGAUGAAAAAGCUGUUAUCAGGAAGUAUGGUGAUGGCAAUGAUGGUAAAAGACGGCUGUCCUCGGAUGAAAUUCUAAAAAGCCCAAGAUCAAACCAAAGAAAAAGGUCCUAUCUUGUAAGUCAGCAAGAUGAGUUUGUUGGUGAUCAAGAGGAGAAGGAGAAUGAGGCUGUCAAAGGCAGGAGAGAACGUCCGAAGAAAUCCAUUGAUUCGAUAUGGAGCCCUGAAAAGGAAUGCGGGACACUGAAUCAUAUCGAGGCUGAAGAGGUUGAAGGGAGACCAAUGAGAACAAGGGGACUCUCCAGGAAGUCAAGUUCAAGAAUAAAGGAAAUCAUUGCAGCAGAGCUUGAGGACGAUGACGACGAGCAAGAAACAGAGAUCGUUCAGAAGAGAGGAAGAGGAAGGCCAAGAAAGUAUCCCACUCCAGUAGUUCAAAACAAGAACGUAGUUCAAAACAACAGAGGAAGAGGGAGACCAAGGAAGUCUGAAUACAAUGCUAUAGAACAAGGUCUUUCGAGGGAACAAAGUGAAGCUAGAAAACGCAGUAGAGACAGUUCUGGUGGUGAUAGAGUGUCUGAAGAGGGAAAACCUGGAGAUGAAGCCAUGCCUAAAAGGAAACGCACAAUGCUCUCGGAUCAGCCAACAGAAAAGGAUGAAAUUCCUGAUCCUAAUGAAUGUGGUGAUGAUGACAGCAAGAAGAGAACAAGAAGUGAAUUAACAAGUACAUCUGAUGAGGAGCAACAAGAAUCGGAGGAACAGUUUCCAAGAUUGAGGACAAGAAGCUCUGCAAAGAGAUUAAAACCUGGAGAGCAGCCUAUAGAGGGUGAAAGAGAAAUGGACAGCAACUCUGAUCUUGGCACCCAAGAAAGAGAAAUGAAUUCCAAUAAAGAGUCUGCGGUUACUCCUGGAACCCCUGGAGAUGGAAUGGAGGGUAGGCACAUUGGUGCAUCCAAGCAAGACAGUACCAUGCCAGACGAGGCAGCAGUGAUACAAGGGAAAGUUGCAUUGACUGAAGAGCCAGAGCAGUCACAGGAAGUAGAUUUCUCCAGUGAGUCUCCGAAGAAGAACCAACAUUCUAAAAAAAAGGUGAGAAUCUCUGUGAAGAUAGAUCCUGUGACAGGAGCCAUUUCUGAUGUUAUGACUUGUAGUGAUGUUGAGUCAACGGAAGAUGAUGAGAGCAUAUCCAAUGAUCCACCACCACCAAAAACUCUGUCCAUUGAAGCUAAAUCACCUCAGCCUAAGUUGCCUGUCCAGACACCAUGGGAUAUUUUCAGCAAAUCCACUCAGGGAGCUUCUGACCUGCCCAACAGUAAUCAGAAGAUCUUCUGUGUUCAGACCAAGUCCAAUACAGGAACAAAGAAGAUGAUCAUUGGCAAAGACGUUACUACAAAUGAAGUCAUCUAUGGGAAUGGUCCAAGAAGUGUCAGGAAUCCUACAGUGGGCCCAAGGUUCCGGGGACCAAAUUUAAACCGUAUCCCUGGUGUGCAGCACAAUAACACCAGACAGGCGAGGACAAGAGGACCAUUCUCAAGAAGUAGUCCAGUUGUGUGGGAGGGCUAUACUCUGAAAUCUAGUACUGAUGCCAAAUUAGUCAAUGGUCCGGGUGUUUCACAGCAAACAAGUGCCGGUUUGCAAUCCUCGUUUCAACAGAAGAUACAAGGUAGUGUUGCGAAUGUUGCUGGACAGCCUAUGUCAAUGACUGGACAACCAAUGUCCAACGUCAUGCCCGAUGCUGCUACUAGUGUCCUUUCAUCUCAUGGAAUGCCAACUUCUCAAGGUUUCCAACAUCUACCCCGUACAACAGUAGUGGCAACGACCAUUGUUAGCACUUCAGGCUCUGCUGAUGUCCUGUCGGUGAUCACCUCUACAGCUGCUUCUAGUACUCUUACCAGUUCCGCUCAGGAACAAUACCUUUCUAUCCUUCAAAGGUCAUAUCAGGGUGCUCAGAUGCAGCAAGCCAGUGUUUUAUCUGGAAUGAUGCAACAGUCCUACCCGCAGACAGGUCUGCUCCAAAACCUUGGUAUGCCACAUAGAGGUGCUGUCAGUCCAGAAGUGACACCAUUCAUCAACCAAACGCAUCCGGCCAUCAUGGCAUCACCAACCCUCCAGACCUUACAGACGAUCCUCCAGCAGGCUGGGGUUCAGUCAUCCAUGGGCCAGAUGACACCAAGUGCUUCCUCGCUCACACCCAGUCCCCCUCGUAUCAUUCCAGUCAGUCCUCUCGUGCCGACCUCCCCAUUGGACAACUCCAUCUCAGGGCUCAUCACCUCACUUUCUCAACCUUUCCCACAACAGCCUGCAGUAGUUCAACUCGAUAGUUAUAGCGAAUCAUCUCCAUUCCAUAUUGAGCACUUGUACGCGAGACAGAAGCCUGGUGGAGCCAGCAAGAGACGGAAAACCCCUCAUCAGGUCAAGGUCUGGUUCGAUUCCUACGGCAAUUUGAAGAAUGAAGACGAUGAAAACGAGGAUACACCAAACAAUGUCCAUAGUCCGUCUCCUGUCAAAUCCCCACUGGCCAAAUCGCCGCCUGUCAAGUUGCAGUUGGUCAAACCACCAUCGGUCAAGUCACCUGUCAGGAUGAAGAAUCCAACCAACUCGUCACGGGCACGUGUCAAGAACCCGACCUUCGGUGUGGACGAACCCAGAAGCAGCAAAUCUGCGAUCAAGAUGUCCAAGAAGAAAUCCAAAGGUUCUGAUGCUUCGUCAAGUUGGAAUUCCAGCACCAAUUUUGAUCCUUUCGCUGGACUGUCGGGUGAAGAUGCAUUCCUCGCCGCCAUGCCAAACCUCGGCCAGCCCGAUUACCAUGACGAUAGCCCCUCCCUACUCCUCACCUUGAUGGAGCAGGAGAAGAGGCGUGGCCCCAGUACCACGCCCCGCAGGCCGUCCAACCGACCUCAUCUGAUGUUUGAGAUACGGAGCGACGAUGGGUUCGAGACGAGGGCUGAGACGAUGGAGGAAGCGUGGGGCCGGGUGGUGGAGAGGGUCGGUGAGCUACGCACUAAUACAAGGAUGAAACAUUUGUCCUUCGAUGGGGUGAAAGGUAUGAAGAUGCUUGGUAUCACACACGAAGCCAUUAUCUAUCUCCUUGAGCAGCUCUACGGAGCAGGGAACUGCCAUAAUUACAAGUUCAAGUUCCACAAGCAUGAGGAAACGCCAGAAGAUGAUGAGCCUCCAGUUAACCCCCAUGGCUGUGCCAGGGCAGAGGUCUUCAAGCGAACUUCGACCUUUGACAUCUUUAACUUCCUCGCUUCUCAUCAUCGUAACCGACCAAUCUUCAGUGAGGUUGAGCAGCAGGAUGAGUCCUCCGACAUCCAGCAUAAAUCAUCGAGGAGAGCGACUAGCCUUCAGGAUCUGCCUAUGGCAAUGAGGUUCAGACAUCUGAAACAAACAGCUAAGGAAGCCGUCGGUGUAUACAGGUCUAGUAUCCAUGGGCGUGGUCUAUAUUGUCGCCGCCCCAUUGAGGCCGGUGAGAUGGUGAUUGAGUACAGCGGUACAGUCAUCAGGUCAAUCCUUACCGAUAAGAGAGAGAAAUAUUACGAGAGCAAGGGUAUUGGAUGUUACAUGUUCCGUAUUGAUGAUUUUGAUGUCGUUGAUGCUACCACCCACGGCAAUGCAGCUCGCUUUAUCAAUCAUUCAUGUGAUCCCAACUGUUUCUCCCGGGUGAUCGAGAUCGGAGGUCAGAAGCACAUCAUCAUCUUCGCCAGCCGACGCAUCGCUAGAGGGGAGGAGCUGACGUAUGACUACAAAUUCCCAAUCGAAGAAGUGAAGAUCCCAUGCAAUUGCGGGGCCAGGAAAUGUCGCAAGUACCUGAAUUAGUGGGAAAAAAACCUCAGUGUAGGAGCUCCAUCUUUCAGAAGUGAUGUUAGUACGAAAGGAUAGAACUUCUACGAUGACUGAUUCCUGAACGAAGAGGCAAAAAUACCUUGCAAUUGUGGUUCCGGGAAAUGCUUGAAGUGCCUUAACUAGUGCAUACACCUCUGUUGAUAAACCACGCCUUGCAGAGAUGCUGUGUGUACAAAGGAAAAAAAAUUCUCCGACUCCGAAUUCUUCCUUGAAGUGGGGUAGAAAUCCUGCACUUAUGGUUCCAAGAAACAUUUGCAGUUUUAAAUCUUCUUUGGAAGUUUACUUCAAUAAACAUUCUCAAUGGAAGAGGCCAAGACUCCCUCCAGGUCAAAGGAACCCAACUAGAUGAGCAGAACUGAAGCAAGGAAGAUGGAAACAAGUUCUGCUACACCUUAUGCUGCAGUUGCUUCCAAACAGCUCGACUUUCGGCAGAUAGCAUUUCCGUGAUCUAGUCUGCUAGAGUGUCGGUUGAUGUGACACAAUACUAGCUAUUAUGUGAUAAAGACCACCAUGUACAACUGUGUCUGCAGGAAGCACUUUAAGUCUGUGAUGGAGACCGACUUAACUGCAGAAUACAGUCAAACUUGUCUAUUAAGUCCAUCAUAGGGAUAAAAAGGAAAACGGGCCACUAGAGACAAGGUGGCCUUCCUAGCCAAGCUCUAUCACACAUACUCAUGUCAAGUGGAAGACAAUUUUGGUCGCCACUAAAGUAGGCCUACUCUGAAGACAUGUUUUGGCUAUUGGCAGGUGGCUGCUAAGACAGGUUGACUGUACUCCCAAGUGGUCCAGGACCCCUUCAGGAAAUGCCAAAGCUUUAUCUUCUUAACCUCUUCCAGCCAUUCAUCUUGGGCAGAGGUGGUUUUGUUCUUGGUAGUGGGAUGCUCCAAACAUAACUGUUUUGACAUUAACUUGACAACACUACAAUGUAUGUGAAGCGACUUCCCUUCUUUGAGGUUUCAGUAGCCCAGGAAUGCUUGCUCGAAUGACACCCAGUUGUUGUCAUGAUCAUUUCAACAACCAAAGAGGAAGGUUAUUUGACUCCUACCUUGUGACCUUUGACCUCCAGGUCGCGCAGGAGGCACAAACUCUCAGGACAACGUUAAAAAUGAAAUAUACAGUGCUCAUAGAUAUAAUAGUUGUUCACUUUUUAUUAUUUUUUUAGCAAUAAAGCUGUGCUGUUACGAGAGCAUUUCUAGCAGAGUCUACAAAGAGUUAUAUAGAAGUACUAUGUGCUAGAUAUUUUUACCUCAAUGCUGAAUAGUUCAAUUUGCUGUUGUUGUUGUUGUACUUGAUGUCUAUGCAGCUUUUGUAGUGAUAUGUUAGUGAACUUACAAUUGAGUAUACCUAGGUCAAGUCUCCUUUGACCUCAGAGUAUGUUGGAUUUAUGCGAAAUUCAACUUAGAUACGGUCAAUAACAUGUUUUGCAUAAUCUGGGAACCAUGACGUAAAGACUGACACCUAUGGUAACUUAUAAUUAUGGUAUCUACCAUGGAAACCUUGAUUUUGAUUGGCUGCUGAGCCCUGUUACCAUGGUAUUUACCAUGAUAGCAAAGUUGCUGUUGAAGUAAAUCUUUAUGAAGUGCACCCUAAUAUGCGAAAUUGCUCUCACUUCGGUGAGGUUUUUAACUUCCACAAGUUUGACUUAGGCAUACUCAACUGUGUCUCAUACAUGCAGAUAUUUGAGGCCCCAAGUAAUAGGUUCAUUUUCUGUUGAAUUGUUUGUCAUUGAAACCCUCAAACUUGAUUGCUUCGAUGCACAAUUGGAGUAAAACAUAUUGACAUUGCAGAAAGGAUUUUGGCUCUCAUUUCAUGUAUAUGUAUGAUAUGUUUCACUUUUGAUGUUCCUUCGAUUAAGCAGGAUCAAGGGGGCCCAUUUUAGUUUUCAUCCGAUAGAAAUUGAACUUGAUUCAUGCUUUCCCUACUUUUCAGACUUUGACAUUUCUGAGGGAAAUUGGGGUCUGCCCGAUUUCAAGAUAUUUCUCAUCCUUUGUAGAUUUCACUUUGCAAGGUUGAUUUAAAACUCAAGCCUGAAUCUGAAGCAUUUUUAUUUUAAUUUGUUGGUUUGGAACCCCCCCCCCCUUUUUUUUCUCUCUCUGUUUUCCUCCUUUUUCUUUUCCGGAAUGGUGUUCUUUGCUAUUACACUGCAUUGUUAUUGUGAAGGGAACUUGAUUGCAGUUUUCUAUGUACUUUUUAUUUUUCAACAUUAUUAAGAAAAGGACUAAAUCACUAAGCUGAACAUAAUUUCGAUUUUUUUAAUUAAAUAAUUGACUUUGUUUAUACAAUAAAUGAAUUUCAACAUGCCAUGUAUUUUUGUUCAGCUGAGACAAGAUCACAGUGUUAGAGGUCAUUUAUAAAUUUGAUAUUUUUAAAUUGUUAUGUGUACAUAGUUAUCCUUGUAUCUUUUGUAAUAUUACAAACAUUUCAGUUUUCAAAACAUUCCUAUUGAACAGAAGUCACAUUUCUUUGUGUGCAUAAUCUUGGUAUUCAUUAAAUUCAGUUUGAGCUGUCUGAUGGCCAGAUCUUUAGUCGUAAUAUUGCUGUCCCCCUAUGUUGCCAUUUGUUACCAUUUUGCAUUGCCUUUAUUUAAUGUUAAAUCAUUACAAGAUGACCACAGCACCUUCCAAAUAACUGUUUGUACUAGUUAGGGUUUUUUAAGACAUGUUAUAACAAAUGCACAAUUUCUAUAACAAGUUCUUCAUCAGCCAAUCAUAUCGAAUGAUUUUAGUAGCUUUAAACUGUCAUUGCGAAUUUGUUCUAACAGGUUUUAUGAAAAGGAGCCCAGGUUUGGAUAAGAAUGUACAGUGGCAUAAAAGUUGCAAUACGGGAUCUUUUGCCACCCAACGGGUAAUUACCAUGGUAAUAUGCUCAACCAUUUCAUUAAUAUGCAUGCUGAAUUUACCAUGCAUCGGUUCUUACCUAUGCAUGGUUGUGAAAAAAAAAAAAAUUGCCAAAAAAUUCCACCAUUCUAUAAAACAAAUGAUACACAGGUUUGUUUGUGCUUCGGUAGGAGUAGGGAGCAUGCAGUAACUAUGGAAACUAGUCUAAAUUCACUCUGCUGCUACUUGUGGGUUCAAUAGUUCCAUAGUUAACGUAUUCUCACGAAAUUUACUGAUGCACUUACAUUUGGGCACCAUUUGAGAUGGUAAAGUUGCCAUAAUAGUAACUUAUAUUUAUGUGUUUGAUCAGGACUUUUUUUCGUAACCGAUCUCAUUAUACAGAGUUUCCACUAAAUUAUUUCCCAACUCUGUCCCUGGAAGAUUUUAAGCCAGACCACUCUGUGAAAUCUGUGUUCAAAAAAAUAUUAGCGCUUGGUUUUUGAGCGACCCUGGUACCCUCCCCCAUCUACAUGUGCUGGAUGUAGGAAAUGUAUUCUUCUUAUUGUUGUUGUAAUUAUCAUUAUGCUUGGUUUUUUUAUUGUUUUAUUUUAUCAUUACUACUAAAUUAAACUUAUGCCCUUAUUGGAGUUUGUGCAAUUCUUGAAAUUUUCUGAAUUUUCUCAUGAAUUUUUCCUUCUUUGUUUUCAGCAUUAUUAAACUCUCUCAAGUGUUGAAAAGCAGAAAGACAGACUAUUUAGAAAUUAAAGGAAAAAAAUCCUGAUAAAGGAAAAAAUCCUGAAUGCACAAAUAUUUAUGUACAGUGCACUGUAUACGAUUCUGUAGUUGAAGUUACCUUGGGGAAUAGGCUUGUAUUCAUGCUAAGGACGCAGUUGCCAAAUCACCAGACUUUGUAUUUUAUCAGAAUUAAUUUCUUUUGUAAGUAACGGAUGAACUUUCAAAAUUAAAGUGGUUGUCUGGUUUAUUUUUGUAUUCCUUGUUGUUUCAAGUAUUUUAGCGCUUCCUUUAAACCUGAUAAAAUAUGGUAUAAUGUUAAUUUGUGAUGAAGUAUUUAGUAUUUGUUUGUGUUGUUAUGCCAGGAGCGAAAGUUUAUUCCCUUUCUAAGUUUCCUAAUAAUAAGAUAUGUGAAUUGUCAAUGCAAAUGAAGUACUUUUAGAGUUUAGUAGAUAAAGAAAUGUCUGUAUUGCCAUAAUAUGGAGACUGAGAUUUAAUGUUUAUAGAGUGGUGAAACUUCACUCUUGUAAAUAAUUUGUGUUCCUAUUCAUUUCUCUACAUGAUUAGAAUAUCUCAGUUGUUUGUCUCAUAUUAAUAGAUCUCUUUUGUAAGUGCUGUUAUUUUCUCUGUUUUUUUUGUGUGAACUGUACUUUUAUGUGUAUUUUGUCAAAAUAGGAAUAUAUUCAAAUGAGUUAUGAUCAUAUUUAUUCUUAUUCUGAGGCAAAUUAAAAGGUUGAUAGUGUUUUUUGAACAAUU